GCUAACUCAUUUUCUUCUCUCUAUCCCCUUUUACUUUAUCCACUAAUUUCGAAAUUAAUUCCAUUGAUGGGUGCUAUGGCGAUGAAUAAUACGACGACGGCGUAUGCCGGUUGGGAGGAGGUGUUGUUGUCGACGGAGAAGGGGCGGCGGGAGGUUCACUAUUAUCUCAAACGCUGCGGCGGUAGAGAUCUUGUGGUUGUUGGGAAGGAGAAGAGCGCUAGGCAUAUGUCGUAUCAUUACAAGAUUAGGGAUAACAAAUUGGUGCCCUCGAUUUUGAGCGGCGCUUCGGGGGUGAAGUUGAGGUCGAGACGAGAGGUCGUCGACUGGCUGGAAUCAAUAAUUUCAGGUUCCAUUCAUUUUCAUUUUGUUGAUUGUCUGGGCUGAUUUGUCUUUUCUCCAUGAAAUGUAAGUUGUUGGGGUAAAAGUGUUUCAUUUCGGUGGUGGUGAGUUAGUUCCUAGUUUUGUUUUGUUAAAAAUUUUCCAUUCUUUUACGUUGUUGAUAUGAUUUUCUUCGAAUUGAGUUUCGAUGUUUUGUUCUCGAUUUUGACCGUCAUGUGAAUCUGGAUAUGCUCUUUUGCAGUCUCAGCUAUGUGAGCUUUUAAUGGUUUUCCACUUUUUUAUAUGGGAUAUAUUUCCGAUUUAAAUUGAAAAGGUUGAGUUUAAGUUCUGGCGGGAUCUGUGGGAAAUGGGUGGAAAAAUUGUUAUUCUUGCUGCAUCUUUUAUGUUUGACCAAAUAUACUCCAUGAACGAAAUGAAUUUUUGGUUCUGGUUGUUGAGGUGUUUUCUCCGUUUGGUGUCUUCUUUUAUUGCGGCUACAGUUUUGGGUAAAGCAAUGGCCUGAGCCCUAAGGGAACAAGUUUCUAUAUUUACUUGCCAUAAGUUAGCGCAGCCUUGUCUCCGGGAUGGAUGAUGGAUCUGUCUUUUGUCUGAAUUAUAAGUAUAUCUUUAGCCCUAUUCUCCAUGGUGCUUAAUAUAGCUGUGGAAUUUAGGAGAGACUUAUGAGAGCUAGUUGAGAGAUUCAGAACCCAACUUCCUUUUAUGAUUUUAUCGGUGAACAUCUGAAAGUUCUUAAUUUUUCUAUCUUUGAUUUGUGGUGAUCAUAAUUUAAUGAAGCUUCUAGAAGGUGGUUCUUUCUUGUUAGGCUAAUUGUUACCUAUGCUUUCAGGUGACCAGCCUAAUAGUUCUAGACAAUUUGGAAGUAGUAUGGAUAGGAAUUUGGAUGAUGACGUUAUUGAGGAUGUUAUGAAACAGAAGUUAGGUCAGUAUAAAGCUGAAUCUGUGUGGAUAGGUUCUUCGUGGAUGUGCCGGAAAAGGCGUAGUCAUUAUCAAUCAUUCUGUCGGAAUGGAGCUGUGAUUUCUGCUCAGGAAUUUGUGUAUGUAUUGGCUGAAGAAGGCAAAAGACUUAUUGCUUACUUAGAUGAUAUGUACGAAGAUAUCAAAGGAAACAAGAUGGUUGUGGUACGAUGGUUUCACAAAAUUGAUGAGGUUGGUUUUGUUUUACCUCAUGAUUAUAAUGACAGAGAGAUUUUCUUUUCUCUGUGUCUUCAAGAUCUCAGCAUAGAAUGCAUUGAUGGACUAGCAACAGUUCUCAGUCCAGAACAUUAUGAGAAAUACAUAAGCGAAGCAACAAAUACAGUGUUGAUGCCUUUUGUGUGCUCUAAACUCUUUGAUAAUGAUGAUGUCAAGCCUUUUGACAUAACACGAGUUAAAGGUUAUUGGAAGCAGGAAAUAUUCAGGAAGUCAAAAAGAACUGUUGGCGAGUCUGUUGGAUUAAAACCCAACAAGAGAAUUCGCUGGUCUAAAGAGAGUGAGCUAUAUUCAAAGUCCCCUGACAAUGGAGAGUCUGUUGUGACCAGUUUACAAGUCAUUCGUGGCACUUCUCUAGACUGUAAAGUGGGGGUAAAAAAAGGUAAUAAGAAGGAAUAUGGCUCCUGUGUAUUGUUGCCAGCUCGAGAAAAUGCUCCACCACCCAAGUUUGAUCAAUAUUUGGCUGUCGGCUCCCAAGUUGAGGUGCUUUCUCAAGAUAGUGGCAUCAGGGGCUGCUGGUUCAGGGCUUUGAUUAUUAAGAAUCACAAAGAUAAGGUCAAAAUACAGUACAAUGAUGUCAAGGAUGCAGUUGACAAUUCAAAAAAUUUAGAGGAGUGGAUCUUGGCCUCUCGAAUCGCUAGACCAGAUGCAUUUGGUAUUCGUUUGUCUGGAAGGACCACUAUUAGACCAACCCUGUCUUCUGAAAAGGGUAACAUAUCUUGUGCAGUAACUAUCGGCACUGUUGUUGAUGCUUGGCGGCAUGAUGGAUGGUGGGAAGGGAUUGUUGUGAAGAAAGAAUCUGAGGAUAAGAUUAAUGUCUAUUUCCCAGACGAAAAGCAAGAGUGUACGUUCAAUGCUGGUGAUUUGAGGCAUUCAAAUGAGUGGUUCGACAAUACGUGGCAAAAUAUCAAGCAAAGGCUGGAUGUUGUAUCGGCUCUCUAUGGCAGGGACAAAAUAUCUGAUACCAAUAAAGAUGAGUUGCCUUCAUUCGAUAACAGAGAAGUCGCUGCUGCUUCCUUGAACGAUGAUGCUUUGCAUCAGAAAAUGAUCAAAACAGGCGAUCCAAUGCCAGUUCGAGAUGGUAAAGUGGUAGUUGAGUCUCAAGCUUUCAGAGACCUCACAAAAGAUUGUCUGCUUGGUCAGCUGCGAUGGAGAUCAUCAGGGAAAAGAAGACGCUCUCGAAGCCCUGUCAAGGCCGGAGUGGAGGCAGGGUUGCCUACAUUCGUGGGGUUCUUUGUGAACUCAACCUUGAAGUUAGAUCCAGACAACUGCAGAUCUUCAAGAGAUUCUCGUUUGAGUUCAUCUGUCGUCCCACCAUUGUCAAACUUGGUUAUGUCAAGGUGAUGCUCCCCAGUUUCUGGUGCACAUAUGCAGCUGUUGUUCAACCUGACUUAGGGUGUAGAUUUCCUUAAUUUUGUGUAGAGAGAGAUGUUUAGAAAAUCGAGAGGAGCUUGCCCCGUGUAUAAAUUAGGUGACCUGAGUGUGCCAUGUUGCUCUCAGAUCCUAGGCAGUUUUGGUGUAGCAAAAAAGCUUUAGGGAUGUAUCUGGAUUUCUACUCAAAUCCGUUGUAGACUGUAAUUAUUCUUUUUAAAUCAAAGUUUUGUAAGUUGUUCCGUUCAGCUUCUAAUGAAAUCGUGCGUUAUUCUAAA